AAAAGACGCUGCUCAAGACGAGGACGUAGGCUAUAACUUUUUCCCCCAGCAAAAGGACUUUAACUGAAGAAACGGAAAGUAAUUACAAACACGGUGGAUUACAAUUUGAAAUAAAUUAUCUUGUCGCCGCUGCUGGGAGAUACACUGUGGAUUAAUGUGGACGUUAUAUUGCUUGGAUUAAUCAAUUGUUGUAGGUAGGACUCGAGCGUCUCACCUGCGGAGGGAGCCAUGCGGGUCCUCUGGUCCUCUGUGUUGUCCACCCUGGUGUGGCUGGCCAUCACCUUCUGUCCAUCUGAGGGGGGUCAUCUUACACCUGAUAGAGUGGUUCGCUGCCCUUCUCUUCAGGUAGAGGACUGGAAGUUUCCCCAGACGGCAAGACACAACAUCACAGGUUUCAAUCUGGUGCGACGUUUUGGCCUGCUUAAGGCAACUGAGGUGAAGAAGAUUCGGAACCCCCGUGGGCCCGUGAUCCUGAGGCUGGGCAAGAUGUCGCUCGUCCGGCCCACUGAUCAGGUGUUCCCCCAUGGACUCCCGGAGGAGUUUACCCUGGUCUUCACUCUGUUGCUGAAGAAGAAGACCGUCAAGGACAACAUCUACCUCUUCCAGAUCACAGAUGAGCAGGGCUACCCUCAGUUCUCCCUGGACCUGAACGGACCGGAGCGGACGCUCGCCCUGCGUGCGCGCGGAGGCGGGGCCGAGGGCGGAGACAACUUCGUGGGCUGCGUGUUCGGCGGCGAGGGGGUGGAGUCUCUCUUGGACUUCCGCUGGCACAAAGUGGCGCUCAGCCUCCAGACGGGCCAGGCCUCCUUGCACGUGGACUGCGGCUCCAUCGAGACAAAGCCGCUGGAGCCCAGGGGAGAGCUGACCACCACAGGCCACAUCCUGCUGGCCAUUCAGGCAUCUAACGGGGCAGCCGUGGAGAUGGAUGUCCAGCAGAUAAUGGUGUACUGCAACCCCACGCUGGCCAUACAGGAAGCCUGCUGUGAGAUACCUGGCGCUCGGUGUCCCCCUGAUGCCCCCAAGAGCCGCCGUGCUGCUGAGAGCAGCCCGCGCGCCAACCUGGUGGAGCUGGUGCCCCGCCCUGACGGCCAGGUUGAGACCGGACACCUCAGUUUUGCUGGGAGCUCUGUCAUAAAAGGAGAGAAGGGAGAGAAGGGAGAUCAGUGCCUGAGUGGGCCCAAGGGAGAGAAGGGGGAGAAAGGUGAAGGGUGGUCGCCUGGAAACUGGGGGGAUGGAUUAGACUUGAAGGGGGAGAAGGGUCAGAAGGGUGAAGUUGGUCUGCAAGGCCUGGCUGGGAUCCCAGGAAAAGAUGGGCGGGCUGGGUCAAUAUGCGUGGUGGGCCCCAAAGGACAGAAGGGAACUCCUGGAGUUGUUGGACCUGAGGGUCUAGCAGGAGAACCAGGUUCCCCCGGACCCCCUGGGCCCCCGGGGAUCGGGAAACCCGGCCCACCGGGGAGUCCAGGAGGACCUCCGGGAUCGAAGGGAGACAAGGGGGAUUCUGGGAUACCUGGCAAGGACGGCGAGCCUGGAGACCCUGGACCCAGAGGCCCUGGAGGGCCAAAAGGAGAGAAGGGAGAUCCAUGUGAGGUCUGCCCAGUGCUGCCCACAGACGGGGGGAACACCAUGGUCCUCCAGGGAAAGCCGGGGCCCAAAGGAGAGCCAGGGGUCCCUGGGAAAGGGGAGCCAGGUCUGCCGGGCCCGACGGGACUGGGCGGGACACCUGGCGAGAAGGGAGAGCCGGGGUCGAGUGGGGCGAAAGGAGAAAAGGGGGAGCCAUGUGAGGUGUGCCCCACGCUGGGAGAGAUUCCCGCUAACAUCAACUCCGUCGCCAUGGGAGCCAGUAUGAAGGGGGUGAAAGGAGAGAAGGGCGAGGCUGGACUUGGGGAGAAGGGUGACAAGGGGGAACCAGGAACCGUUGGACUGCCAGGGGUCAAAGGGGAGAAGGGUGAACGUGGCGGCAAGGGAGCUGACGGGAAAACAGGCAAGCCCGGCCCAAGAGGGCCACACGGUCGUGAUGGGGCCAAAGGAAUAAUGGGGGAUGCUGGGACACCUGGCCUGCAGGGUAUUCCAGGGUUAAAAGGGGAGAAGGGUGAGUCAUGUACCCUUUGCCAGACACCCCCUGCUGAAGCAGGUGGCGGUCAGACCCUGGUCAAGGUGCCUGGGGAGCCAGGACCUCCGGGGCCCCCAGGUGUGGGCGUGGAGGGGAAACAGGGGCAGCCAGGUGUCCCAGGUGUGAAGGGAGACAAGGGUGAUACGGGCGCACAGGGUGACCCAGGAAUUGCGGGGACUCCCGGGACCCCGGGUUUGCCAGGAGAGCCUGGGAGGAAUGGCUUACCUGGACUAAAGGGAGAGAAGGGAGACGCCUGCGACAGCUGUCCACCUCUGCCCGAGGGGGCAACGGGCGUGGUGGGGUUGCCGGGGACGAAGGGAGAAAGGGGGGACCCCGGACCCCCGGGGAUUGGUACCCCAGGAAAACACGGUAAACCAGGUCUCCCAGGUGCCCAAGGACCUCCCGGGCCUAAAGGUAGUCAGGGUGAACCAGGAAGUGCUGGUGUGGGGCUCCCAGGACCCCCAGGAAUUGAAGGACCCAGAGGCCUACCUGGGAUUGCUGGUCCACCUGGGAAAGAUGGCGUUCCUGGAGUUACGGGACUCAAAGGGGAGAAGGGCUCAGAGGGAGAGAGGGGGCCGCCAGGGCCUCAGGGGCCCGUGGGCAUUGGAGUACAGGGGCCCCCAGGAAAGGACGGGCUCCCUGGACAGUAUGGCAUCCCAGGCGAGGAUGGGCAUCCUGGAGCGAACGGAGCCAAGGGGGAGAAGGGCGAGGCAGGAGAGUGCAACUGUCUGCUCCCGUCGUACUCUGGAGCUGGGGGGCCGGGCGCUCCUGGCACAGUGGGCGGGGCUAUGUGGCAACCUGGUCCUCAGGGGCCUCCUGGACCCCCAGGCCCCCCCGGACCACCGGGGCCCCAGGGGUCGACAGGAACCCCGGGGCCGCAGGGCAUCCCUGGCAAUGAUGGCGUACCAGGGAAACCGGGUCUGCCCGGGAGAGUAAUGCCCCGACCGAUUCUCCAAGACCCAAGCUUAGGUGACGUUAAGGACCUCUGUGGAGACUGCUCUCAGGGUCUGCCGGGUGUUCCUGGCAUGACGGGUGUGAAGGGCGAGAAGGGAGAGCAGGGGAGGUCUGAGGGCUGUGAGAAGUGCCUGCAGAGGCUGUUGCAGCAGGAGGCAGCCACGUCCCCGGGUGACUCUAGUGGAGGUCCUGGGUGUGGGUUACCAGGAACACCAGGCAGCCCGGGACAACCGGGGCUGAAAGGAGAGCAGGGUCCUCAGGGUCAAAGGGGAUUCCCUGGACCUCCAGGAAACAUUGGUCCUCCAGGGUUCCCAGGCCCCCAGGGAACCUCUGGUUUACCUGGGCAGCAAGGUGAAAGGGGGAAUCCCGGGCUCCCAGGGUUAAAGGGAGAGCAGGGUCCUCCCGGGACGCCCGGAUAUCCAGGGUCCAUGGGCCCCCCUGGAUUGCCAGGGCUAAAGGGCGAAAGGGGUAACCCAGGCAGUGCAGGACAGAAAGGAGAAUCGGGACCCCCAGGAUCUCCGGGGUACCAGGGUCCUGCCGGGCCUGCGGGACCCAAAGGUGACACAGGUACAACAGGACCCGCGGGACCGAAGGGAGAUCAAGGUUUCCAAGGGCAACCGGGAUUUCCAGGGCCUCCAGGUCCUCCCGGGUUCCCAGGAAAGGCAGGUACUGCAGGGCCCCCAGGACCAAAAGCUGAGAAGGGGAGUGAGGGGCCAAGGGGCUCUCAGGGGCCAACUGGACCCCCUGGACCACCUGGUUCCCCUGGCAUGCAGGGACCCCCUGGGAUAGAGGGCCUGGAUGGGAAAGAUGGAAAACCAGGACUCCGGGGUGAGCCAGGACCACCUGGCCCAAGCGGCCCCAGGGGACUUCCGGGAUUCAAAGGAAAAACUGGACACGUUGGCUUCCCAGGACAGAAGGGAGAUGUCGGUCCUCAGGGUCCUCCUGGGAUUGCUGGCCGACCUGGAAACGAGGGAGAUCCUGGAACCCCAGGGCCACAGGGUCCCCCCGGAUCCCCAGGACACCUUGGAGCCCCAGGAGCCACUGGACCUCCAGGCCCUGCUGGCCCACCAGGCCUGGGUACAAAGGGAGAGAAGGGUCAGGUGGGAGAGAGAGGUCUGCCCGGGAUGGUGGGCCCACCCGGGCCUCCAGGACAUCCAGGAAUGAUGGGAGAACCAGGCAGCGAUGGAACCCAAGGGAAAGAUGGAUCCCCUGGACUGCCAGGAGAGAGCGGGCAGCCGGGACAGAAGGGUGACGCGGGGGCUCCCGGGCAGAGGGGGGCGCCAGGGGAACGUGGACGUCCCGGGCCCCCGGGUGGCGGGUUCUCCUCCAAGGACACCGGAGUGGGAAUGAUGGGGCCGGUUGGGCCCCGGGGGGAGAGGGGGAACCCCGGACAGCCUGGACCCGCGGGGCUGCCAGGGCCUCCAGGGAUGCCAGGGACGGAGGCGGUGGUCAACUACGAUGAAAUCAAGAGCUUCAUUCGCCAGCAAGUCAUAAAGAUCUUCGAUGAGCGCAUGGCGUACUACAUGUCCCGCAUGCAGAUGCCGGUGGAGAUGGUGUCGUCUCCCGGACGACCCGGACCCCCAGGGAAAGACGGCGCCCCCGGCAGGCAGGGAGCUCCAGGAAUGCCAGGCCUCCCGGGCCAGAUCGGCCGAGAGGGAAGACAGGGACCCAUGGGGCCACCAGGAGCCCCAGGCACAAAGGGGGAGAAGGGUGACAAGGGCAUGGGCGAGAUGGGGGACAGUGGCCCACCAGGUCCUCCAGGCCUUCCCGGGCCUCCUGGUUAUGGAAAGAUGGGUCCUCCCGGCCCAGUAGGACAGCAGGGGGUACCAGGAAUCCCAGGCCCUCCCGGUUCCACGGGACCAUCUGGCAAGGAGGGGCGGUGUAACCCCUCGGACUGUUUCAGCGCCAUGCCUGCCGAGUAUAACCCCAAGGGUCCCCCAGUGAAGGGCCCCAUGUACUAAGAGAGAGGGGGAGAAGAGAGAAGGGAGAGAGGAAGUGAGAGAGGGAGACACACCAUCCCAACACCAACGGAUCCAAAAGGCUAAAUGACUCAACGCUGACUCAGUCCUUCGACCUUCCCAUCCCAAACCUGUACUAGCCUUGGUAACACCCUCCUAAUGUAUCAUGACACCCCCAAUAGUGUGAAGAACUCAGUAUGCCCCUGUGCCAUAUUCAUCUUUUACUCUACCAUCCUUUGCCUUUACCUGGAUCUGUUGUGUGACAGAUGUAUAAUACGGAAGGAGUUUCUGAAAGACCUGGAGCCUCUUGUGCUACUUUACGCCCCCC